AUUAGAGGAAAUUCUUGCUGCACCUCAAACCAAAAUUAAAGGGAAGAGAAAGACGUAGGCCGCAUAAAUCUGACCAAGAACACAAGCAUUUUAAUUUGAGUCCACAAGGUCUGGGAUAAUGAAAAGAAAUAUAUAAUUUUAAUUCAAGCCAAGUGUUUUCCAAGCAGAUUAUAUUUGCUUAAAUUGCUAUAGUAAUUCAAGGGACAGCCCUGCCUGGACACACAGUUACUGUGGAUUUUUAAGAGACUCAGUUUAAAAAUUUAGGAAUUUCUGAUUCAUUUACAGGAUUUGCAAAUUCAUCAACCCUUGAAAACUAAAGCAAACUCAACAGGACAAUAAAAGAAAGAACAUGGGCUUUUUAAGUCCACUAUGUGUCCUCGUCUUCUUCCUUGGAAUUGAAGUAUAUUGCCAAUAUGAAAGUUAUCAAUGGGAUGAUGAUUACGAGCAAGAAGUAGAUGAUGUCUACCAACCAGAAUUCCCAUUUCAUCAAAAUGUAGACUAUGGAGUUCCAUUUCAUCAGCCUAUGUCAGGCUGUGCCAGCGAAUGCUCCUGUCCACUUAACUUUCCAUCAUCGAUGUACUGUGACAAUCGUAAACUCAGGACUAUCCCAAAUAUUCCAGCGUACAUUCAACAGGUCUAUCUUCAGUUCAAUGAAAUUGAGGCUGUGACUUCAGAUUCCUUCGUCAAUGCCACUCAUCUUAAAGAAAUCAACCUCAACCACAACAAAAUUAAAUCUCAAAAGAUUGAUCAUGGUGUGUUUGCUAAAUUGUCGAAUCUACUACAACUGCACCUACAGCAUAACAAUUUAGAAGAAUUUCCGACUCUUCUUCCUAAGUCUUUGGAAAGGAUUCUUCUUGGUUACAAUGAGAUCUCCAGAGUGCAGACAAAUGCUGUGGAUGCGCUAGUAAACUUGACCAUGCUUGAUCUCUGUUAUAAUCAAAUUGAUGAUUCUACGUUACAAGGAAGAAUCUUCGCCAAAAUGGAAAACCUCAUGCAGCUCAACCUAUGUAAUAACAGAUUAGAAUCGAUGCCUCCUGGUUUGCCUUCUUCACUUAUGUAUCUGUCUUUAGAAAAUAAUUCAAUAUCUUCUAUACCAGAAAAGUACUUCAAUGGACUUCCAAAACUUCAUGCUCUAAGAAUGUCACACAACAAACUACAAGACAUCCCAUAUAAUAUUUUUAAUCUUUCCAAUCUUAUAGAGCUCAAUGUUGGACACAACAAGCUGAAGCAAGCAUUCUAUAUUCCAAGAAAUUUAGAACAUCUGUAUCUAGAAAAUAAUGAAAUUGAAAAUCUCAAUGUCACAGUGAUGUGCCCAACUGUUGACCUGCUAUAUUACCACCAUUUAACAUACAUUCGUGUGGACCAAAAUAAGCUAAAAGAGCCAGUAAGCUCAUACAUUUUCCUCUGCUUCCCUCAUUUACACAGUAUUUAUUAUGGUGAACAGAGAAGCGCUGAUGGUCAAACAAUACAACUGAAGACCCAAGUUUACAGGAGAUUUCCAGAUGAUUCUGAGAGUGAAGAUCACGAUGAUCAUCACGAAGGCCCAGGAGAAGAAGAGAUAGAAGAAAACGUUGACCCUCACUAUUAUGGAAGUCAAGAAUGGCAAGAAACUAUAUAGGUAUACAUUUAUGACUUCACAAAAUCUUGUUAUUCAAUAUAAAUUUAACUAAAUGUGCAUAGCUCAUAUUAUAUAUGGAAUUGUGUAUCUGUAUAAGAUCAAAUUGAAUUUAGGUUGCUGAUAACAUCUGCAUCAUUACAUAAGAGUAGAACUUACUCAAAAUGAUCCAAGUCUUUAGAAAUGUAAAUUAGAAUGACUAGUGGGAAUCAAACAUUACACUUCAAGUAUAAAAUUAUCAUCAUGAUGAGAAAAAAGCAAGUAUGGCAUUUCUACUAAGAGUAAUCUUUCUGAGAAUGAUGAAAGAAGUAGCAUUAGAAGCUAAGAACUGUUAAGACUCACUAUGAGCAUUUAGGGUAUAAAUACUAGGAGGCUCCAUUAAUGUAACAGGCAGCCAUUCAUUUAAAGAAUAGACUCUUUUCUUUGAUAUGAUCUCUAGAAUAGCUUUCACACUGUAUUUGAGAUAUCAUCACCAUGACAUCCACCUCCCUGGCCCUACCACUUACAGCGUAGAAUGAUAUUUCUGACUUUGGAAGAAGUGUGGUUUACUAAGGAUCUAAGACACACAGAUUCAUGAAAUCAAGUAGUAUUGUUUUUCUCUCAGAGCACCAAAGCAACAAAAAUUUAAACCCUGCAUUUGGAUAACUAAAAACGCCAAAUCAUCAGAAUUCGUAUUCUAGCAAAUUUCACCAAUUGUACAAAACAAUGUUUUCUGUGUUCCAUUUAAACUGGGAUAAAUGUUUUCAUAGUAAAUUCA